GUCAAUGACCUUUUUUUUCCCUGCUGAAACUCUUAUGUAAAGACCGAUGAGUGGAGGUACAUUGACCCUUGAGUGUAAUUUACUGUGGUCAGCAGAACGGGGAAAGGCAGAGGCUCAUAAAAACUACAUAACAUUUGCAGGCUAGGUGCAGAAAUGGAGCCAGGAUCUAUAGUCAGUGCUGUGCGGAGCCAGAGAGUUUUGUGUGGAGAAGAAUUUCGACCUGCUGUCAUCUUUAUAAAAGAAGAAAAGAUUCAUAGCAUUCUGCCUGAUCCUGGAGCUGCAGUGCACACUGCUGGAGAGGUAUUGGAUGUGGGUAACAGUCUGGUAAUGCCAGGUAUAGUGGACUGUCAUGUUCAUGUGAAUGAACCAGGACGUACAACCUGGGAGGGUUACUGGACUGCCACACGAGCAGCUGCUGCUGGAGGGGUAACUACUAUUGUAGACAUGCCCUUAAACAGCAUCCCACCAACUACCACUCUUGUAAACUUUCAAGAGAAGCUGGAUGCUGCUACUGGACAGUGUUUUGUAGACACCGCAUUCUGGGGAGGAGUCAUCCCUGGCAACCAACUGGAGCUGAGGCCGAUGGCCCAGGCAGGUGUGGCCGGGUUUAAGUGCUUUCUGAUUCACAGUGGAGUGGAUGAGUUUCCUCAUGUGAGUGACAGUGAUCUGCAUGCAGCUAUGAAACAGCUCCAGGGCACAGACAGCGUUCUGCUGUUUCAUGCCGAGCAAGAAGUCCAGCAUCCAGUUGCUGACGAGGGGGAUCCAUGUGAAUACUCCACCUUCCUGAGGUCCAGACCUGACAUCAUGGAAUUUGAGGCCAUCCGCACUGUCACUCAACUCUGCCUACAGUAUCAAGUGCGUUGCCACAUUGUGCACUUGUCAUCAGCCCAGCCUCUCGAUCUCAUCAGGGAUGCCAGACAUGCCGGAGCUCCUCUGACUGUGGAGACCACACAUCACUACCUCAACCUGUCCGCCGAGAACAUCCCAACAUGUGCCACUCAGUUUAAAUGCUGCCCUCCUAUUCGUGACACAGCCAACCAGGAGCUCUUGUGGUCUGCACUUAAAGCUGGGGACAUUGACAUGGUUGUGUCAGAUCACUCACCCUGCACACCUGACCUCAAGUGUAUUGACAACGGGGAUUUCAUGCAGGCAUGGGGAGGGAUCUCUUCUCUGCAAUUUGGUUUAUCUCUGUUCUGGACCUCAGCUUCUAAAAGAGGUUUUUCACUUUCCGACACAGUAAGACUCUUGUGUAAAGAGCCUGCUCAACUCUGUCGUCUUGACAACCAAAAAGGGAGUCUCAUUCCAGGUCACGAUGCAGACUUAGUCAUUUGGGAUCCAGAAAAAGUGUUUACGGUGGCAGAGGACAAUGUUCAUCACAAAAACAAAUUGACACCAUACCUUGGCCUUCCUCUGCAAGGGGAGGUGAAGGGCACUAUAGUCCGAGGUAGGCUGGUUUACAGUCAUGGCUCUUUUAGUUCUCAGCCCCUGGGGAAGCAUCUGCUCAUUCAGCAAAAGACACAGACUUCUCUGUGAAUAUAUACAGCACAUUACUGUUGCAUCUUUCCAUAUACUCACUGUGAUGUGCUACAGUG